AUGGCUACCAAUGGGCCCACAAGGUCAGAGGGGAAUCUGACUGCCUCCCCUAGGCAACAAGGGGUCAGCCAGGGUGCUCCCCUGGCGCUCUCUCGGGGAGCUAUCCCGAGCUCCUGUCCCCAGAGUUAUAGGGGACCCUCGGCCCAGGGAAACGAGCCCCCUGCCCAGGGUGACGGGCUCCCCUCCGGCCAGGACCAUGGCCGGACCUCUGCCCAAGGAAGCGGGCCCCGCCGUAGUCCAGGUCAAGAUUGGGCCUCUGCCCAGGGUGAUGGCCUCCCUAGCGACCAGGGAUAUGGCCGCCCCUGUGCCCAGGGCGUCGGGCCCCUCGCCCACCAAGCAAAGUACGGAAAUCCCCUCUUUGUAAUUCUUGGCGAUCUAAACACUUUUCCUGAUUAUGAAAUCACCUCUGCGUUGAAUGUUAAGCAGGUUGUGUCCGCCACGCACAUUGAAGCUGAGUGCCAGGACGACUUCAUGAGGAUCCAUGUGCAGUUCAACGGUUCCUUCAGUGGUUUGGUGUACUCGUCGGGUUAUGCUUACGACGGAGACUGCAUUUACGUGAACGGCUCGGGUCGCGGCACCUACGACUUCUUCAUCCAGCUGAAUCGCUGCGGAACUCUGAGCGGAAACGAGAAGGGCCGAGAGGACCUGCGGGGACGCACGCCCUCGAAGAACAUGAUGUGGAACACACUGACUGUCCAAUAUAACCCCAUGAUCGAAGAAGAGUGGGACGAGCAUUUCAAAGUCACCUGCGAAUAUGGCUACGACUUCUGGAAGACAGUCACGUUUCCUUUCCUUGAUGUCGAAGUCCAGACUGGUAACCCCGUUGUGUUCACUCUCACUCCGCCGGAAUGCCACAUGGAGAUCCGAUAUGGUUACGGGACCGCUGGCACACGCGUUGCUGGGCCAGUGCGUGUUGGUGACCCUCUUACACUGGUGAUUUACAUGCGGUCCGAGUUCGAGGGCUUUGACAUCGUGGUGAGUGACUGUUACGCUCAUAACGGAGGCAACAAACGCAUUGCUCUCAUCGACCACUACGGAUGCCCUGCUCAAAAAAAGUUGAUUAGCCACUUCGAAGGAUCGUGGACGGCCGACGGUGUUUAUGAAACGCAGGUGUAUGCUUUUAUGAAGACCUUCAGGUUCACUGGAUCUCCAGCGCUGUACAUAGAAUGUGAUGUCAGGAUGUGUCACGGCGACUGUCCGACGCAACCAUGCCACUGGCGGCGUGGAAAGAUGCAAAAGAGGUCGGUGCAAAGCGAUGACGCCAUCGGUACCAAUCCUGCCAAUAUCUCAGAAAGUUUGAGCCUGUUUCAGGCGCUGCAGGUCAUACGGGACGAUCAGGCUCUGUAUGGGAGUCAGAGGGACGUAAGGACUGAUGACGUGUGUCUCAAAAAAGGAACUUUUUCAGCAAUGGCAGCGAUGGUGGCGGUUGUGGUUGGCAUCUUGACAACAGGCUGUGGCGUACUGUGUCUCAGAAUUCGCCGGGCCAAGAAGCAGGCGGACACCCCAGCUCCAAGGGCGCCGUACGUCUCGACCUAUAGGAAAAUCGCGCGAAGUACAACUUCCAAAGAUCAUGACACGAGCAACGAUCCAAAUGGAAGCUCCAUCACGACGGAAUCUCAAUAUGGUUAUCGUCGAGGAAGUAUCAGUGAUGCAGGAUAUAAGUAUGGCAUCAUGGCUGUGCUGACGGGGGUUCACGAAGACUUACAGGCGUGA